AUGAGGAAGCAUCGCAGAAGAGCGGAGAUAUCGAUACGACGGUGGGUUUUGAAGUGCGAUCGGUGUUUCUUCGAGUUACGUUUCGCGUUCGAUAUGUGUUGGAAUAGUUGUUUUGUGCUACUUUCUUUUGCUUCUCUAUUAAUGAAAGGUAAAUGCCAAGACAACACGCCGCCCUACGUUUGGAUGGAGAGCAGGGAAUGGAACAUCAGAGAAAAUGAAACUGUUGGUUUCAGGGUGACUCAAGUUCACGCAGAUGACGCCGAAGGAGAGCCCCUAACGUACGGAUUAGAGCCUAGCCCGCUUUAUAUCAGCAAAUAUCCGAACAGAAAUUUGCCGUUUCGAAUCGACAACGAAACUGGAACCGUAUAUUUGAACGAGUCUCUUAUGGGAAGAGCCGAGGAAAAUCUCCAUCUGUACGUAAUUGUAAGCGAUGGCAAGUACAAUUCCAAAAACGAGGCGAACGUAAAUAUUAUCGGAGCGAAGAACAGUUUUAAUCCGUCGAAACCCAAGAGACCCCCGAUAUUCACUCAAAACAUAAAUUAUCCCAAUUAUCAUCACCCGAUCAUCCAGAGACCGCCUUCCCCGCCGUCCAACUAUCCCGACCAGCCUGUGAUAAACAACCCGCCUUUCUUUACGAAGCAGCCGCCUUAUUACCCAUCAUCUUUGGGAGCUCACGGAAAGAAUAAGAACUCUAAUACCGUGUUGAAACCGGUACCAGUACCAAAAGAUGACGUGAAGAACGACAUCGACGAGACUCCCAAACCCACGACAGAAAAAACCACGACUACAAAACGUCCGGAACUCGACGUAGAAUCCUCCAAUGAUCUACUAACUUCCGAAACUCCAGUGAAGUCCGUCCAGGCAAUAUCCAGCACCAUCGUUCCUGCUGUGGCAGUGUUCGGGGUGUUCUUAACGGUCGCUGUUAUCGCGUUCGUAUUCAGAAAGAAGAUUUACAGCACGAAGAAGAAGGAUUCCAAAGAUGACAUGAGAAAAGAGUCGAGUAACGGUAACGCUAUUGUGUUACAAGAUGAUUCUGGGUUGAAUUUGCAAGAAUGGAGAGGACCCAGGGCAUUCAGCAAUCGAUAUGAAUCAUGGCAAGGCGAAAGCAAUCGAACACAAGUGGGAAAUCAACUAUCAACCACCGUCAAAAACGCGGACCGAUGGGAGUUUCCUAGACAUCGAUUGAAGUUUUUUAAUAUUUUAGGCGAGGGCGCGUUUGGGCAAGUUUGGAAAUGCGAAGCACUGGAUCUCGACGAGAAGGACGCCGGGGUGACGGUCGUGGCGGUGAAGACGCUCAAAGAAAACGCCAACGAAAAGGAAAAAUCCGAUCUGCUGUCGGAGUUGCAAGUGAUGAAAAUGCUCGAGCCGCACGCCAACGUCGUCAGAUUGCUGGGCUGCUGCACGGACAAGGAGCCGAUUUUCCUGAUUAUGGAGUACAUCAGCAAGGGGAAGCUGCAAAGCUAUUUGCGAAAUUCCAGGGCGGAAAGGUAUUACAACAACAUGCACGGUCAUAGUCGAUCGCUUACGUCCAGAGAUUUGACGUCGUUCGGUUAUCAAGUGGCGAAGGGGAUGGAAUUUUUAUCGAACAACGGGAUCAUACACAGGGACCUGGCGGCCCGGAACGUGCUCAUCACCGAGGAGCACGUAUGCAAAGUGGCGGAUUUCGGAUUCGCCCGAGACAUCAUCGCCAAUCACAUCUACGAGCGGAAGAGCGAGGGCAGACUCCCGAUCAGGUGGAUGGCGCCCGAAUCGCUUUACGAUAAUAUUUUUACGGUCAAAUCGGACGUGUGGAGUUUCGGAGUUCUCAUCUGGGAGAUCGUGACGCUCGGGAGUACUCCGUAUCCCGGCAUGUCCGCCGUCGAAGUCAUGAAAAAGGUUCGCGACGGCUACCGGCUGGACAAGCCGGAACAUUGCAGGAGGGAGCUCUACAACAUAAUGUAUUACUGCUGGGACAAGGACCCCAAGGAGCGACCGUCCUUCUCCGAGCUCCUGGAGCUUUUAGAAAAAUUACUAAUGACCGAAACUGAUUACAUUGAAUUAGAGAGGUUUCCCGACCAUUCCUACUACAACGUAAUGAGUUUGAGUGGCGAGAAAUUAUGA